ACACACACACACACACACACAUCAUCUCCUCCGCCUUUCCGUGCGCUCUGGGGUCUGGAUGCGCGAUGGAGAAGCGACGCGUUUGAAACUGGAUUGCUGUUGGAGCGCGCGAGUCAUCAGAUUUUUUGCUCUGGUUGUUUCUCCUUUUUUUCUCCUGGACUUGCACUGAGGCUUUUCUUCAUUUCAAACAUUUUUUUUGCAACAUUUAUAUUCUUUUUUUUUCACCUUUUUUUAUUUUCACAUCUGGAGCCGGAUGCGUUGAAGUUGGGCUGCAGCGUGAUUUCGGCGUGUCACCGUCCUGGGGGGGGGGAAGAGAGAGAGAAAGGCGCGCGCGUUGGCUUUUUAUCAUUGCACCGCCGUUUCUGCGCACACGCCAUGGCGCGCGCCGGUGGACGCGGGCGCGUGAGAGGACUGGCCCUGCUCGCGGUGUGGACCGCUUUGCUCUGCGGCGUCUCAGCAACGCAGGGUUCACAGACUCCACGUAGUUUCAUAGAGUUGCGUUUCGUCCUGGAGCCGCAGGAUGUGGUGACAAUACGAGGUGGGAUACUACAGCUGGACUGCCAGGCAAGAUCAGACCGUGGCCUUCCCUCCAUCUCUUGGAAGAAGGACGGCGUGCUGCUGAGCUCAGUGGUGGACGAGCGGAGGCAGCUGCUGGCCAACGGAUCGCUUCUAGUGCAGAAUGUGGUGCACUCACGCCAUCACCGACCUGAUGAGGGAGCCUACCAGUGUCUGGCCACUCUGGAGGGUGUGGGGGCCAUCGUCAGUCGAACAGCCAAGGUUACUGUUGCUGGUCCUUUACGGGUGGUGGUCCCGACCGAGUCGGUCUCGUCUUACAUGGGUGACACGGCACUGCUGCGCUGCGAGGUGACAGGCGAGCCCAUGCCCAUAGUGCGCUGGCAGAAGAAUCGUGACGAGCUGCCUUUGACCUUCGAUCCUGACAGCAGGGUGGUGGUGCUGCCCUCUGGCUCACUGCAGGUCAGCAAGGUGCAACCUCCUGAUGCUGCCACCUACCGAUGCCUGGCCGAGAACCCGGGGAGCGCUCGGACAGGCACGGACGCUGACCUCAGGGUCUUACCUGAGCCUGGAGUAGUGAGGAGUCUGGUCUUCCUCCAGAGGCCCAUGAAGGUCACAGCACUACAGGGCAAAGACACCGUGCUGGAAUGUUCCGCCUCCGGCUACCCGACCCCCUCCUUCUACUGGAUGAGAGGCAGCGAGAUGAUCCAAAUCAGAUCGAGGAAGUACUCAUUGCUCGGCGGGAGCAACCUGCUAAUCAGCAGCAUCACGGACGACGACUCGGGCACGUACAGCUGCGUGGCCUAUAACAAAAACGAGAACAUCACCGCCGCCUGUGAGCUCUCUGUGCUAGUGCCGCCCCAGUUUCUGAACUACCCAUCCAACAUGUACGCCUACGAGAGCUCUGACAUCGAGAUGGAGUGUGCGGUGACUGGUAACCCUCAGCCCACUGUGCGCUGGAUGAAGAAUGGAGAAGCGGUCAUCCCCAGCGACUACUUUCAGAUCGUGGAUGGUGGGAACCUGCAGAUUCUGGGCCUGGUGAGCUCGGAUGAAGGAUUCUACCAGUGUGUGGCAGAGAAUGAAGCAGGCAACGCCCUGGCAAUGGCCCAACUUAUACUCCUCGAGCUUGAGGGCACUCCAGCUGUCCAGCUCUCUGAUCCUCCCGUUCCCCACACUCCUUCGUUGACUUACUCCUCUCCUCCCCCACCAGUUGUCCCGAGCUCAGGCGUCCUCCCCUCGUUCCCCAGAGACGUGACCCCCGUGCUCGUGUCCAGCCGCUUUGUGCGCCUCUCCUGGCGCCCCCCGGUGGAAACACGUGGUACCAUCCUCACAUAUGGAGUCUUCUUCACGCAGGAGGGUGUCAACAGAGAACGUUCGGUGAACGCGACAGAGCCGGACAGUCUCCAGUUGACCGUGAACAAUCUGAAGCCCGAGGUGGUUUAUAUCUUCAGGGUUGUGGCCUACAACGAGUUGGGGCCAGGAGAGAGCUCUGAACAAAUCCGGCUCUCCACACAGCCUGAAUUGCAGGUCCCUGGUCCGGUGGAGAACCUCAAGGCCGAGGCCAUGUCCCCAACCUCCAUCCAGGCCUCAUGGGAUCCUCCGGCAUAUGCCAACGGACCCAUCCAAGGCUACCGGCUCCUGUGGACUGAGACGUCCAGUGGAAAAGAGCAGAGCAUAGAGGUGCUUGGGCAGAGCUACAGAAUGGAAGGAUUGAAGAAGUUUACAGAGUAUUCCUUACGUGUCCUGGCACUGAACCGUCACGGGCCGGGCAUCACCACAGACGAUAUGCUCAUCACAACCUUCUCUGACGUCCCGAGUGCUCCUCCCCAGAACAUCUCCCUGGAAGUGAUCUACUCGAGGAGUAUUAAAGUGAGCUGGCAGCCUCCUCCAGCCAACGCGCAGAACGGCUUCGUCACCGGCUACAAGAUCCGCUACCGUAAAACAGGAAGGCGAGGAGAGCAGGAGGCCAUCGAACCCAACAACCUGUGGUAUCUGUUCACAGGACUCGAAAAAGGCAGUCAGUACAGUUUCCAAGUGGCGGCCAUGACGGUCAACGGCACAGGCCCUAGCAGCGAAUGGUACACCGCUGAAACACCGGAAAACGACCUUGACGAGACCCAGGUUCCAAACCAGCCAAGCUCUCUGCAUGUCCGUCCCCUUCCCAACAGCAUAAUCAUGAGCUGGACGCCUCCACUGAACCCCAACAUUUUGGUGAGGGGUUACAUCAUCGGCUAUGGCGUGGGGAGUCCCUAUGCUGACACAGUGCGUGUGGACAGCAAGCAGCGCUACUAUUCCAUUGAAAACCUAGAGCCCAGCUCCCAUUACGUGAUCUCGCUAAAGGCCUUCAAUAAUGCAGGAGAAGGUGUCCCUCUGUACGAGAGCGCUGUCACCAGAUCCAUGUCAGAUCCCGUUGACCCAUCAGACGAUGAUUUGUUCCAUCUGUUUGAUAAUUUUCCCACCCCCAUCCCAGAUACGUCCACUCCUAUGAUCCCCCCUGUAGGCGUGCAGGCCGUGGCUCUGUCCUCGGACUCGGUCAGGGUGAGCUGGGCCGAUAACUCCAUGAGCAAAAACCAGAAGAGCAGUGAAACGCGCUACUACUCUGUCAAAUGGAGGGGCAGCCACUCCAGCAGCAGCAAAUACAAGUCUGCAGACACCACAGGACUGAGUCACACUGUAACGGGUCUGAAGCCCAACACCAUGUACGAGUUUGCUGUCAUGGUAACAAAAGGACGCAAGUCGAGCACGUGGAGUAUGACUGCACACGCCACUACAUAUGAAGCGGCACCGAGCUCCGCCCCGAAGGACCUGACCGUGAUUGGUCGAGAGGGUCGUCCCCGAUCCAUCCUCAUCAGCUGGCAGCCGCCACUCGAAGCUAAUGGCAAGAUCACAGGUUAUAUAGUGUACUACACAUUAGAUAAAAACAUGGCGAUUGAUGACUGGGUGAUGGAGCCCAUAACCGGAGACAGACUCACCCAUCAGGUCAUGGAUCUAAAUCUGGACACCGUCUACUAUUUCCGCAUCCAAGCCAAAAACGCGAAGGGGGUGGGGCCUCUGUCGGAGCCUGUCCAGUACAAGACGUCUAAAGUCGAACAUCCGGACAAGAUGGCCAAUGACCAAGGUCGCCAUGGAGACGGUGCCUACUGGCCUUCGGACAAUAACCUGAUUGACAGGAGCAGCCUGAACGAGCCCCCCAUUGGUCAGAUGCGACCCCCCCACGGCAGUGUGACCCCUCAGAAGAACAGCAACCUCCUAGUUAUCAUCGUGGUGUCUGUGGGCGCCGUCACCAUCGUCGUCGUGGUCAUCGUGGCCCUCAUUUGCACGCGGCGGUCCUCCGCACAACAAAGGAAAAAGAGGGCCACGCACAGUGCAGGGAAAAGGAAAGGAAGUCAGAAAGACCUGCGACCUCCAGACCUGUGGAUCCACCAUGAGGAGAUGGAGCUAAAGAACAUCGAGAAACCAUCCAGCUCUGCCCCAUCCGGUCAAGAAUCUCCAAUCCAGAGCUGCCAGGAGAUCGCCCCUGUCAGCCACAGCCAAUCAGAGAGCCAGAUGGGCAGCAAAAGCAGCCACUCAGGUGGCGACGCAGAUGAAGCCUCCAGCGGCAUUUCCACUCUAGACCGCUCUCUAGCUUCACGCAGAGCGACCCGGUCGAAGAUGAUGAUCCCCAUGGACUCUCAGCCCAGCAACACACCGGUGGUCAGUGCCAUCCCGGUUCCCACGCUGGAGAGCACUCAGUACCCGGGCAUCCUGCCGUCUCCUACAUGUGGCUACACCCCUCACUCUAAAUUCACCCUCAGGCCCAUGCCCUUUUCCACGCUCACCGUGGACCGAGGCUACGCCGCAGCCAUAACCACGGAAACCCCCCAGCCUCAGGCGUCUUUGAUCCCCUCGGUGCAGCCUGAAGCGUCGGGGGCAGAGGAGAUCCCGAGUCGCUCCAUUCCCACAGCAUGCGUGAGACCCACGCACCCCCUGCGUAGCUUCACCAACCCCCUCCUGCCCCCACCCAUGGGCACCAUCGAGCCCAAAGUCUACACUCCCAUGAUGCCACAACCAGGUGGCAGCCUCCCAAAACCCCAAGUCAAGACAGCGUCGUUAGGACAGGCUGGGAAAGCCAGAUCACCGCUACUUCCUGUCUCCGUUCCGACAGCCCCCGAAACCGCAGAGGAAGGCCAGAAACCAGGAGAAGACCCCGCAAGUGUGUAUGAGCAGGACGACCUGAGCGAACAGAUGGCCAGUCUAGAGGGACUGAUGAAGCAGCUGAACGCCAUCACCGGCGCCGCAUUUUAACGUCGGGGAAGAACCGGCGGAAGCUGUGAUCUAGCGCAGAGCCGGCACGCCAUGAACUGGGCCACCCACUUGUGACUUUUCAGAUUCUCCGGUGUCCCUGUUCCGGCCUUUUCUCCACUCAUGCGUUCUUCAGCAAAAAACCCUGCGAUGAGAAAAAAAAAAAAAGGGAAACAUUUUUUUGAAACAACCACACACAAGAAAGGAGCGUUUUUCUUUUUCUUUUCGUUAAAAACAGAGCUCUGUUUGGAGCUAAACCACCUCGAGACGAUUCUCUCACCGACGUUUCUGUCUUUUUCUUUCUCCACUCACCCUGCAGCUUUGGCGAAUAUAAAUACAAUGGAGAGAACUGGGGUCAGAAAAUGACACGUUGUUUUCUCAGGUCCGUCUCUCUGCUGCUCUGUCGCUCCAUAAACUUUCUGAAAACUUUGCUGUGCUUUUCCAAAACACGGCGCAAUUUAGAUUUUGUGACGCAACGAGCCCGGGAAAUAAACAGUCCGUUUCGUUGCAGAUAUACCUCCAUUUCCUGACCAGAAGUUUGACCUUCUAAGACUGUGUUAUAAUGCACAACUGAUCGUCCCCUGUAUUACUGACAGUGUUCUGUUUUCCACACGAAGAAGCCUAGAAACAGUCAAACGCAGCAAGAAGCUACGGCAGCCGUGGGCCGAGAGGCGAGACGUCGCGGCUGGAAAUCAAACAAACGCCGUGAACGAGCAAUUUCGCUUCCACCCAGGCUGUUAUUUUACAGCUACACCAAGUCUGCGCUCCAAACCGUGAUGGCGGUCUUGCAGAUAAAAGACCCCGUCACAUCAAAACGGUGUCGACAGCAGAACACUGCUGCGUCAACACGUACCAUGUUUUACUUUUCUCUUACAAAUGUUUGGAUGUGCCUCGAUUUUUAUUUCCCCCCUUUAUUUAUUGAUGCUGUCUAAAAGCGACAUAUAUUCUUUUAUUUAAUUUUUCGUAUUGUUUUUUUUUUCUUUUGGAAUUGCACUUGCGCAAAAACCUGCCAGAGAGAAGGAGAAACAUUCGCAGGGCAAAAUACGGCGAAAAACUAUGGGGGGGGGAUAGAAGAAAAAGAAGACCGCCCGCGUCCUGUCGUUCCCGCAACAAGGCGUGGCAACUACGUCAGAUAUUUUUCUUGUACGCUGUACAUGUGUAAACAUUACCAUGGACGAAAUCAUGAACACUGUAGCAACACAAGAGAAUAUGCUGUUUCUUUUGUAUUGUACAGUAACAUAGAGCAAUUGAAGGGGAGAUCCAUAGAGUUCGAUAGUUCCAUAGAGGUUUUAGGGAUGUUUUUUGGGGGCUGGGGUAGGGGGGCAUUAGGGUGGGUAGAAGGGCAAAUGGAGGGCUUUUAACCAGGAAAUUUAAUAUAUUGUUUCGAGUGUUGCUCGAUAAUUUAUCAACAUAAUGUGUCCAUUUUAUAAACGAUUUCUCCGAACGAACAGAACAGAAAGGAGUGCCUACUAAACCCCUCACGCUAGUACGCGCUUCCUCGACGAGGAACGACCGAGCCAACGAAGGAUCACAGUUAGAUCGAUCUGUUAUCAUGUUUUCUUCUGAAUUCCUUUCAUUUUCCAUUAUAAAUAGAUGUUUAAUUAAUA